UGUGAAUCAAAAUGAAAACACUGAGUGCCAUCAGAUGUACACUAGAAAGAAAGGAAACCGGAGGGACACCAAAAAAUGCAGGUAUAUGAUAAUAUCGAAUCAGUCUGAAAACAUCUGGACUUCUAAAAAAUGAUGUGAAAUACGUGCAUACUACAGGCUUAACAUCGUGACACACGAGUUGUCUUAUUAGAUCACGGACGGAUUGUGAAUGCUUCGGAAUGGGAAAAAACCUUUGCCACAAAGGAUGCUAAAACUGAGUUAUCGGCGCUUCGUAUAAGCAAUUAAAAUUACUGAACUCGAGCUGUCACAACGGGAGAGUAGAAGAUGAAGCUCGAAAGAAUGAGAUGAUGUGAUGCAAGAAUGAAUGGAUUUGGAUAUUGCAGAGAGAAGAACGCAUAACGAUAGGCCAGAGCCGGGAGAACAGAAAGAGACACGUAGUGAGGUAAAUUGCUGUGGAUGGGAACCUUCUCUGCAGCCUCUACCUUCCACAUGACCCCACACUCCCCGUUUCAUCGGCUCCCGUGAAGAUACGUAACACUCUCUAAUACGCACUGACAGCAUGACGUCCACUGCCCAGAUUCUGGCCUUUAAGCUCUCCCCACCCUCUCAGGAUGGGAGUCCAGAGCGUCUGUUCAGCUGUGAUGAGGACAUUGAACGGCAAUAUGAGGUGGUCCCGUCUGUCGUCUGCUCCAUGUGUUGCCUCUUUGGCAUCAUCUACUGCUUCUUCGGGUACCGCUGCUUCAAGGCCGUAAUGUUCCUCACGGGUCUGAUGUUUGGUUCCAUCAUCAUCUUCAUGCUCUGCUAUAAGGAGAGGGUCAUGGACACUCAGCUCAGCGUGGAGGCCAGUGUGGGCAUCGGCCUUGGCAUUGGCACAUUGUGCGGUUUGGUCACUAUGCUGGUUCGCAGCGUGGGGCUGUUCAUGGUUGGACUUCUCCUGGGUUUACUGGUGGCCCUCGCCUCUCUGGUGGUUCUGGAGGAGUUUUAUCACCCGAGGACAGUGUGGCUUCCCCUGGGCGUGCUGCUGGGCUCGGGCAUGCUGUUUGCUGUGCUCACAUUGCAGUGGCAGCGCUGUUUCACCACCCUCUCCACCGCCGUCUUCGGAUCAGCUGUGGUGACAGUGACUGUGGAUUAUUUUGUCGAGCUCUUCGCUUUGACACGGUAUAUCUAUGAGAGAGUGAAGGUGGAUCCACCUCGCCAAGUUUGCUGGUUCACGUGGGUGGUCAUGGGAGUUUGGCCCGUGCUGGCGCUGCUGGGUGUUCUUAUUCAGUGGAAGGUCACGGCUGAAGGAUAUUCACACACAGAAGUCUUCAUCAGUCACCAGCAAAGGCGAGUGCAGUUAAUGCGAAUCCGUCAAAAGGAAGAAAGAAGGGAAUGCCGAAAGAAAAAGAAGAAAAAGCCUCAGAAACAGCCGCCGCAGCAACAGAAGUACCACCACCCCCCUCAGACCAAUCCUCAUCCCCCAAACCCUCCUCCCAAACUCCAGCAUCCCGAGCCCACCCACCGCAGGAAACCCAACACCAUUCGCCGCUUCGACGGAGAUGUACUUUCACCAAGUUACAUCCAGAACUUCCGUGACAGACGUACGGACAGGAGGGGCUACUCUCAUGACAGGUUGAUCAGCCGCUCACAUGUUGUUGAUUUGGACUAUGACUACGGCUCCCAAGUGCCCCUAACAGCUCAUACAGGCCCUGCAGUGAGAGGUUGACCCUGCGCCCUUAAAUGAGCAGGAACUGCACUGCACAAACCAUUCCGAGAAGCGAAAACUUUGCGGCCGGAUCAAAUCUUAGAGCAUGCGGUUACCUCAGCCGUCACAAUGGCUGACGGGACGUUCAUACCCAAAUCGAUUUGCUGUAUUCCCAUGAUUUUAAUGCAGAACUACAAAACAAUGUGAAACCACAGUAUUGCUCUGCAUUUAACUCCAUUAUAUAUUGCUGAAGAUGGUUGUGGUAUGUGUGCUCCUCUGAGGCUCAUCUUCCCAUAAUUAGGCUGCUGUUUGGCUCCGUUCGAGAAGAACAGACUCAUUACAACAGCAGAAGUUUUAAAGAAGAUCCAUUAUGUUCUGAACUGAAUCUCGGGACCAAAUACGGCCUUGGCUUUUAUGUGACUAAGCAGUCAUAAAGCAUGCAAGGGUUCUGCCAGACAGACUAUUCAUAUAUCCAGUUUACACAUUCAAACUUCAGUCCUCCUGUUAGUUUCUGACCUUUUAAAGAUGUUUCAGAUAACAUUAUGUUUACAGCACAGACAGGGAGGUGUGUGUCAUUUUCUAAACGUUUCAAACGGCUUUAUCUGCUCUGUGUCAGGGCCUACACGAAAUCUGUCAAACCGUGUAUGGUGAACAAAGUCUCUGGUCAAUCUGAGCCUAUUGCACAAGCAUAUAAGUUUAUCGUUAGCCAGUGCAUGUGGGGAAAGUGCCACCAUUGCUUUUGUGUUGUAGAUAUACAAGUUUUUAAGAUGUUUUUCUCCAUUUAAAGGGACAGUACACUCUAAAAUGAGAAUUCUGUCAUUAGUUGCUCAUCCUCAUGUCAUUCCAAACCCAUUUUGUUCAUCUUCACAACACAAAGGUUCAUAACAUUACAGUUGAACCACUGAUGUCACAUGGACUAUUUUAAUGAUGUCCUUACUACCUUUCUGGGCCUUGAAUGUGUCAGUUGCAUUGCUGUCUAUGCAGGGUCAGAAAGCUCUCGGAUUUCAUCAAAAAUAUGUUAAUUUGUGUUUUGAAGAUGAACAAAGGUCUUUACAGACAUAAGAAUGAGUAAUUAAUGACAGUUUUUUUAUUUUUGGGUGAACUGUCCCUUUAAAGCUUAGUAUAGAGACUGUUUGGGUGGCUCCCAGUUAAAUCUCAGGGGCUGUGGCAUCGAAAGGAGCCCUAAUGAUGUAACUGUGAACACUACUAAGGGGUUUUGUGUGACUGAUUUAAGUGUCCUUGCCUACAAGAGAGAGUUUUGAAAGGGAUUAAAGAAGGAUGCCUAAGAGGGGUGGAAAAGAUUUACAGUGGUGGACGUCUCACACAAAAAUAUGUGUAUUUCUUUGUCUGUGAAAGCCUGAAAAGGAGAGAGAGGGAGAGAGUGUGUCUGUAUUUGGAGUGUUUUGUGUGGAUGUGUGAAAGCAUUUGUCAUACUGUGAGUCUGCAGCAGAGUUAAGUCUUAAUUUCUGAUUUACCUUCAUGUUCGGAUGUGGGGUGAUUUCACACCAAGUUUCCCCUCUGUGUUUAUCAGGGCUGUCGGAGCAAUGAAGAGUCAAAGUCUCUAAUCUUUUCCUCACUCUGAAGUAGUGAAAGGGCUCAAAGGCUUAAAUUCCUCUCUGUUUACCGUGUCUUUUAAAGUGACAGCUUGGCUCUCUUGUAAAAUUUUGUACAUUGUCUGAAUGUAAAUAUGCUUACGUUUCUGUAUUAUUGCUAGUGAUUUGAUUAAUUUUAUUUUUUAUUUUUUCCUAAUCAGUGGUUACAUCCGUGUUGAUAAACUGUCUUUUUGAAUUGUCCCAUUGAUAGUCAUUUGUAAUUAUAAUUUAUUUCUAAUUUAUUAGAUUAAGACUUCAAGUGGAGCUCUGUGUAAUUAAAUUGAUGUUUACCAUUAUUAUUAUGAUUAUUAUUAUUCCUGAGCAUGUAUUUGUACAGUACUGAUAACCAUAAAUGUUGUGCUCCUGAA